GAAAAAUGGCGGCUAGCUUGAAGAAGAAGAAGAACGUUUUGAUCGGAGUUACAGGCAGCGUAGCGGCUAUAAAAGUUCCUCUUAUCGUGCAAGAGUUACAGAAGUCGGAAGGGAUGAAUGUUGAGGUUCGGGUUGUGACAACAGAACGUGGUGCUCACUUCUUCAAGCCUGAGGAGUUACAAGUUCAAGUGUACCGAGAUCAGGAUGAGUGGCAGUGGCAAAAGAGGGAAGACCCAGUCCUCCAUAUUGAGCUGCGACGUUGGGCCGAUGUCUUCGUCAUCGCUCCGCUAGACGCCAACACGCUGGCCAAGAUGGCGGCCGGGCUGUGCGACAACCUCCUGACGUGUGUCGUCCGCUGUUGGGACCUGACCAAACCCCUGCUGUUCUGUCCUGCCAUGAACACUCACAUGUGGAACCACCCUCUCACACAGAGACACAUAGAUGUGUUGAAGGGGUUUGGGUACAUAGAAGUGCCUUGUGUGGAGAAGACACUUGUGUGUGGAGACUCUGGGUUAGGGGCCAUGGCUGAAGUCAGUACCAUAGUGGCAGCAGUACACAAGUCUCUACGAGAUGUAGACACAUUGCUGUAGUGGUGUUAUCAAGAUACUGUUUAUUACAAUUACAUAUACACUCUUAACCACAAAAGUGGGAGGAUAAACAAAAAAGCUAGGAUGCUAAGCUAUAUCUACAUGUAGCUAUAAAAUGACUAUAAUGAAGAUUAAAAUGAAUGUUACAACUAUUCUCAUUGUCAUGCCUUGCAAAGAGUUGCAUUGAGCAAACUGGUCAAAAA